UCUUUCUGGGAGGGGUGGAGAAAAGGAUCCUACGAAGCGGCGACCUCGGCGACCGGCGGGGCAUUCCGUGACUCCCAUCUAACAGUUGUUUCCUCUCUCUGGCCGCGUCUGCCCGGUGUUCGGAUCUCUCGGUGACGCGGUUUGCUAGAACUUGGCUGAUCUUCGGGGCGGACCUCUCGGGAACAGACUGCUCCGCUCCGCUUUGCAGUUUUGUUAAAUUGAGACCAGGAUGGGCAAAUUUGCCUCCCCUGCGCUUCUGGUCUUUAGCCUGCUUCUGGUCGCCGCCGGAGUCUGCGGUAACAAUAUCUGUACCACAAGAGGAGCAAAUUCAUGUCAACAGUGCCUGACUGUAAAUCCACGUUGUGGUUGGUGCUCCCAGGUGAAUAUGUCAAAAACUUUCUCUCGCUGUGACUUAAUGGAAAAUCUCCUUCAGAGCAGCUGCACAAAAGAUUACAUAGAAUAUCCAGUCAGCAAGACCUUCAUACUGGAGGCCAGACCUCUCAGUGCCAAAGGAUCAGGGAGUGACAUCACCCAAAUGACUCCACAGAAGAUUGAACUCUACCUGCGUCCAGAUGACUCCCAAACUUUCUCAAUACAAGUGCGCCAGGUGGAAGAUUAUCCCGUGGACAUCUACUAUCUAAUGGAUUUGUCUAACUCCAUGAAGGAUGACCUCCGUAAUAUCCAGAACUUAGGUACCAAUCUUGCCAUGGAAAUGCGCAAAGUGACCAGCAACCUGAGGAUUGGCUUUGGAGCUUUUGUGGACAAACCUCUGUCUCCUUACAUGUACAUUUCUCCUCCAGAGGCCAUUAAAAACCCAUGCUAUGACUUGAAACCACCAAAUGAUCACUGCCUACCAAUGUUUGGUUACAAGCAUGUCCUAGCUCUCACAGAUGAGGUCAAGCGUUUCAAUGAGGAGGUGAAGAAACAAAGCGUGUCUAAGAAUCGAGAUGCACCUGAAGGAGGAUUUGAUGCCAUCAUCCAAGCAGUUGUCUGUGAUGACAAAAUCGGCUGGAGACCUGAUGCUUCCCACUUGUUGGUCUUCACUACAGAUGCCAAGACACACAUUGCUUUAGAUGGGAGACUGGCUGGAAUUGUAAUACCCAAUGAUGGGAAGUGCCACAUGAACAGCAAUAACUAUUAUGAAGCUUCCACCACACUGGAUUACCCAUCCCUUGGUCUGUUGACAGAUAAACUCUCACAGAAAAACAUUAACUUGAUUUUUGCAGUGACUCAGAACAUAGUUGGUCUUUACCAGAACUACAGCGAGCUGCUCCCAGGCACUACUGUAGGGACCUUGUCAAGGGACUCAAGCAAUGUUUUACAGCUCAUUUUGGAUUCCUAUGGGAAAAUCCGUUCCAAGGUUGAAUUAGAAGUCCGUAAUCUCCCAGAGGAAUUGUCCCUCUCAUUUAAUGCCACUUGCCUUGAUAAUGAAGUCAUUCCUGGAGUUAAAUCUUGUGUUGGACUCAAGAUCGGCGAUACGGUGAGCUUCAGCAUUGAAGCGAAGGUCCGCGGUUGCCCAAAGGACCGGCAGACCUCUUUCACCAUUAAGCCAGUGGGCUUUGAAGACAGCCUGACAGUUCUGUUGAACUUUAACUGUGACUGUGCUUGCCAGACGUUCGCCGAACCUUAUAGCAAGAUCUGUAACAAUGGGAAUGGCACCUUUGAAUGUGGGAUGUGCCGUUGCCACCCAGGCCGGCUGGGUUCCUUCUGCGAGUGCUCUGAGGAAGAAUAUGGCCCAUCCCAGCAGGACAAUUGCAGUCCUGGUCAGGGGCAACCACUUUGCAACCAGCGGGGAGAAUGCAUCUGUGGCCAAUGUGUUUGCUACAGCAGUGACUUUGGUAGGAUAUCGGGCAAAUACUGUGAGUGUGAUGACUUUUCCUGUGUUCGCUUCAAAGGGGAACUAUGCUCAGGACAUGGGAAAUGCAUCUGUGGAGACUGUGCCUGCAACCCUGAUUGGACUGGAACGUAUUGCAACUGUACAACUCGGACAGACACCUGCAUGUCCAGCAAUGGGCUGAUGUGCAGUGGGCAAGGCCGUGGAUAUUGCGUCUGUGGGAAAUGUGUCUGUACUCAGCCUGGCUCUUACGGAGAUACCUGUGAGAAGUGCCCAACCUGUCCUGAUGCCUGCACCAUCAAAAAGGAAUGUGUGGAAUGCAAGAAGUUUGAGAGAGGAAUCCUGAUAGAACAAAACACCUGCAACCGCAAUUGCCGAGAUGAGAUUGAGUUGGUGCAGGAACUUGGAGACAAGGGGAAAGAUGCUGUGAAUUGCACAUACAAGGAUGAGACUGACUGUGUAGUGUACUUCCAAUAUUACGAGGACUCCAGUGGCAAAUCUAUCCUCUAUGUUAUUGAGGAACCAGAUUGUCCCAAGGGACCUGAUGUCUUGGUAGUUCUCCUUUCCGUAACUGGAGCCAUCUUGCUUAUUGGCUUGGCUGCUUUACUCAUCUGGAAACUGCUUAUUACCAUCCAUGACAGACGAGAAUUUGCCAAAUUUGAAGAAGAGCGUGCCAGGGCUAGAUGGGACACGGCCAACAAUCCCCUGUACAAAGGAGCUACCUCCACCUUUACCAACAUCACAUACCGUGGGAAUUCGUGAGAUUACAGUCUUCCAAGGUUUUCUCCACUCAUGUUUACGGAACUGUCUCUGUUACGGGUGUGAGAGAUUUUUUUUAAACAAACAAACAAACAAAACAGCCAUUGCUCAAGAGCCUUCACUGUUCUGCUGUCACAAGAAAGUAUCUGCACUGUGAUUCUUUCAAGACUUUCUUUUUUACCUCAGCUUGCCCAAGGCUACGGCCUGGACUCGUAUACUGAAGAAGAAAGCAGGACUUGCUCUUCAGUAUAAACAGCACUGCAUAAAUCCAGGGUUAAGAGAAGAUUCUAUCUGAACAAAAUCAGGGGUCAUGAUUAUUGAGCUUUAUAAUCUAACUCAUAUGUGAAUUAGUGAAAUUUGGGGUAGAGGAGCUUCAUGAUAUCUAAGUCCAUUGCAAGCUGAACCCAAAGUCCCUCAUCCGGGCAAAAUUUCCAAGGGUUCAGCUAGUUGCUUGUGCUGUUGCUACUGCCCUUUUCAUUUACCUUUCCAAAAUACAAGACACUGGAUGGAUUGGCCAAGGGAACAGUGUGCUGAAAGUCCUUCAUUACACUUUGCACACUGCUAUCUAACAUAGAACAUGCAAGGAAGCAGGAUUUCCUUCAGAAAUCCUUGCUCCUAAUAAACAUAGCUUAGGGGAAGGGAGUGUAGCAGGGGUGUCAAACUGGAUUUCUUUGAGGGCCAGAUCAGCAUUGUAGUUCUCCUCCAUGUGCCGGCAGGGGGAGGGGGGAGAUAGGAUGGACUCCUCCUGCAGCACCCUGACAGCCAAAACAGGGGGCAGGGGGCACAGGACUGGCCCGCAAUGCCUCUGACAGCCAAAACAGGGGGCAGGGGGGGGCUGAAACUGGCCCCCGGUGCCCCAUUUUGGCUGCCACAGGCAUCAAGAUCUGGUCUUUUGCUAUUUCCAGGCCAGCCCCAUGGGCCAGAUUUUGACACCCCUAGACUACAGGAGUUCAUUAUGAGGCUUAGGAACCUAUCCAGUUCUAUUUUGCUGUCAAUGCAAUUGCAAACCUGAACUUCCAAAUGAAUUCAGAAAUAAGGCAUGUUCUUAAAGAAAAAUAUAUUUUCAAAUCCAAUGUUUUACAUAUUACAUCAGAGUUUCAAUAUUGUUAGACUAUUCUUUUUGUUAUACUUAUCCCAAGACUAUGAUAUAAUAAAUUCCUUGCUUUUAAUUUUUAGAAGGAAAGAGUUCCUAGUGUUUAUAGAUUAUUUGCUUUUUCUAAUGAAAAAAAAAAGCACUCUGUAUUAAUCCAUUUUGUAUGCUUACUUCACAUAUUUCUAGGUCUCUUGUUCAGAUUAUAUCCCUCCUAGAUAAUAUUUCACAUAACAUUAGUAUCCUGGUAGGUUCACACAUGAUAAGUUCUAAUGUAGAAUUUUUCUUAUUGGCUUAGCAUCAUGUAGAAAUUAAUUCACUGUAUUGAUAUUGUAUAUAAACUGGGCUACUGUAAUUUAGUCUUUUCUAUAGAAAUAGCACUGGAUAGGGAGUUGCACUAGAUGAUGCCCAAAGGGCCUUUUACGUCUUACAGCCUAUGAUUCCAGUCAACAAACUGUAAUUUUAAAAUGUGUGGACAUCAACACCUAAGUGCAUGAAUAUAUAACUACUUGAUCUUCAUGGGGGAGGUUUGGGAAGAAAAUGUAGCUCAGGCACAGAACAAUGCUUUACAACUAGAGAUCCCAUAUUUAAUCACCAGCAUGUCAGUCUAGAAAUCUGUUGUCCAACAAGACUGAGUCCUUUGCUGCCUACAAGUACAAUACAAGGUAGCUACAUUAAUUCAUAUCAUGUAUCAUGUAAAUCCAGAAAUCUCUUCAUCAGUAUUGCAAGAGAAUUUGCAAUUACUGCAGGUUCAAGCCCCACCAGGCCCAAGGUUGACUCAGCCUUCCAUCCUUUAUAAGGUAGGUAAAAUGAGGACCCAGAUUGUUGGGGGCAAUAAGUUGACUUUGUAUAUAAUAUACAAAUGGAUGAAGACUAUUGCUUAACACAGUGUAAGCCGCCCUGAGUCUUCGGAGAAGGGCGGGAUAUAAAUUCAAAUUUAAAAAAAAAAGUAUCGUAAGUGACAUAUUAUGUAGGAUUUGCCACUUGCUUAACAAUGCUUCACCCAAAGAAUUGGGAUAGGUACUCCUCAGGUCCUGCUUUUCACUCAGGGAAUCAAUACUCACCUAGGUGAGUGUCCUAGAUGACCAGAAAAUUCUCCCUCAAGUUUUCUGAAGCAGAGGCGACUUGCUGAAACAACCUGGCUAAAUUCUUGGGGUCUUUCGUAUGAUAGAGUCUCUAACAUAGGUAAAGCAUGGAAGAUAUUUGGUAGGAUGAAAUACUGUCAUACCUGACUUUCAACAGGUCUUUUCAUCUUGCAGCUCUUUCCAUCUAGAGACUCACGGCCAUAUUAAAACUUGGGAGCAGAAUAAUAUAAAUGUGCCUUUCCUUUCUCUUUUGUUUUCUGCAACUGCAUUAGCGCCUCUGCUGCUCUAAUACUUCCUAUAAAUAUACGUAGCAUCUAUGGAUCUCUCUGGCUGAAGAGUAGCACCUUUCCAUGAGAAAUAGCUGCUUCUGUAAUUAAGAAAAUGAGAUUUAAUUCUCCUAUUAAUAAGUGUUGAAAACAAAUUUGUUACUAAAAAUACUAGGAAGAUUUUUCUCUGGAAUGGUGAUUUGCACUGAACCAACUUUGAGGUAUCUUUUAUGAUUUCCCAGUCGUUCUAGUUCCCUUAUCCCAAAGUCAAUGUAUUCUCAUUUUCAAAGUUGUGAAAUCCUAACUGUGUUUGUUCCAAAAAAAAAAAAAGGAAAGGAGAGCGGCCAAGAAGUGAGGCUGCUUUUUCCUGAACUGAGAUCAAAAUGAAGGGCAAGAAUUAUUUUGCGUAAUGUUGGUUAAAAGUAAGGCCAAUGUGGUCAUUUGUAUAAGUAAGAGAGUGCCUGUGGCACACAUAAAUAAAGAGUUUCUAUU